AUGAGUAGCCCAGAGACUCUCUAUAACCAACCAGUGGUACUGGAUAAUGGAUCUGGUAUUAUUAAGGCAGGUUUUAGCGGAGAAGAGAAGCCCAGAUGUUUUGAGUAUUCAUUAAUUGGAACAACUAAAUAUAAUAAGGUAAUGACCGGGGGUCUUGAGGGUGAUACAUUCAUAGGGAAUCAAGCGCAGGAAUUGAGAGGAUUACUAAAGCUACGCUAUCCUAUAGAGCACGGCAUUGUUACAAAUUGGUCAGAUAUGGAACAAAUAUGGGGACAUGUGUUCAGUAAGAGCUUGCAACUACAAAAUGUAGAAGAUCAUCCCAUCUUAAUUACUGAAGCACCACUAAAUCCAAUGAAAAACCGCGAAAAGAUGUGUGAGUUGCUAUUUGAAUCAUUUAAUGUACCAGCGGUCUAUGUUUCUCUACAGGCAGUGCUAUCCUUGUACGCCAGCGGUAGAACAACCGGUUAUGUUAUAGACUGUGGUGAUGGGUGCUGUCAUGCUGUGCCAGUUUUUGAUGGAUUCUCAAUACCACCAUCAAUAAGAAGAAUAGACAUUGCAGGACGUGAUAUAACUGAAUUCUUGCAGCUGUUGUUGCGAAAGUCUACAGGAAUAUCGCUCCUGUCCAGUAGCGAACGAGAGAUCGUAAGGACUAUCAAAGAAAAGGCGUGCUACACAGCCAAGGACCCGAAAACCGAGGAGCAAAACUAUCUGAUGGACCCUAAAACUAUUAAGUUUAAGCUGCCAGAUGGUAAGACUAUAGAACUGGGUCCAGAAAGGUAUCGCGCCCCCGAGCUACUAUUCAAACCACAACUCGUUGGCUCAGAGUUUGAGAGUUUGCCUGAAAUGUGCUACCAAAGCUUAGCCAAAGUGGACCUCGAUCUAAGAAGCACCUUGUAUGCUAAUAUAUUACUAAGUGGAGGCACUUCGAUGUUCCCAGGCUUCGGCGACAGGCUAUUAAACGAAUUAAAACAGCUAAUCGGGUCACAAACUAAAAUUAAAAUAUUCGCCCCACCAGAAAGAAAAUACACAACCUGGAUUGGAGGCUCAAUUUUGUCUGGAUUGUCCACUUUUAAGAAGCUAUGGGUUACCAAAGGCGAGUGGGAGGAGUCUUCUGAUUGCAUUCAUGCAAGAUUCAUUUAA